AUCCCUUUAAUAGCAAAGGUGGAGCUGGGGAGGCGGAGGAAGAGAGACGGGGUGGGGGCGCGCGAGGGAGACGCUUGAUGCCUCUGCCUAAGAAAAGGGAAGCGGGGGAAACGCAUUCCGGGGUCCAAAAGAUCUCCUUGUGCAAGCUUGCUGCUGCUGCCUGUUCUUCCCAGUCUUGCAGCCUUAGGGUCCCCUUGGAACAGCUCUCUUAUUCUUAUUAUCAUCACUCCUACUAGGGAUUUUGUAAUCCAGGAAUGGUGGCGCCGGGCAGCCGGCUGAGUGGCACCAGGGUUCAGUGUGCCAAGAAGAUUUGGGGCGCAGAAGGUUGAGGCCCCCGGCGCCUGUGCGCUUUGGGGAGGACCAGGCGAGGGGCGGGCCAGCGCGCUCAGGAUGUGCCCAGCGCUGGCCAAUGCCGAAGCCGGUGUAAGACCUACGAAGCCCGGCGGCGGCGGCGGCGGCAGCCGGGAAGGAUCCUGCGCGCAGUGGGAGUGGCACAGGCGCCGUGUCUGUGGCUGAGCCGCCUGCCGCUCCUGCUACAUCUUGGGGGCGGUGUGGGGUGUGGGUAGGCGCUUUCCUCCUCUCUCCCUCUCUUGGAUGCUGUGUGGUCCUUUCGGUGGGAGAUGCUUUUUUGGCUCAAAGAAGAAGAGAUGUCGCAUCAGGAGCUGAGCCAGCGGCUGGCUACGGUCAUCACCCAUGUGGAUGAAAUCAUGCAACAGGAGAUCAGGCCUCUCGUUGCCGUGGAUAUCAUAGAACAGCUUCACCGGCAGUUUGCUAUCCUGUCAGGAGGAAGAGGGAAAGAUGGUGCACCCAUCAUCACCUUCCCGGAGUACGCAGGUUUCAGCGAGAUCCCUGAUGAAGAUUUUCUGAACGUCGUGACGUAUUUGACUAGCAUCCCCAGUCUGGAGGCUGCCAGCAUCGGGUUCAUCAUCAUCAUAGACAGACGGCGGGACAAAUGGAGCGCAGUAAAGGCGUCCCUCACACGAAUAGCAGGCGCAUUUCCAGGGAACCUGCAGUUGGUCUUCGUCCUGCGGCCGUCCCGUUUCAUCCAAAGGGCAAUCGCUGACAUUGGCAUCAAACUGUAUCGCGAUGACUUUAAAAUGAAGGUACCGAUCAUCAUGUUAAAUUCGGUUUCCGACCUACAUGGUUACAUCGACAAAAGUCAGCUUACCCGGGAGCUAGGGGGAACCUUGGAAUAUGGACACAGUCAGUGGAUACAUCAUCGGACUGCCAUUGAGAAUUUCGCCAUGACUGUGAAAACAAUAGCGCAGAUGUUGCAGACUUUUGGAACGGACUUGGCGGAGACGGAACUUCCCAACGAUGUGCAGUGUACGGAGGAGCUCCUGUCUUCACACACAGAGCAGCACAACAAGCUGAAGGAUGAGCUGAAACUUGCGGUGAAACAAGGGGCCACGCUGCUGACUUGCAUCAGAGAGCCUGUCACCCGAAGUGCCACCAGCAAACUGAGCCCAGACGAGCUGGAAAACGUGGCAACCGUGGAAAGGUUGCUAGCUCAGCUGGACGAAACAGAGAGAGCCUUUGAUCAGUUCUGGUCCAAACACCACCUAAAACUUGAACAGUGCUUGCAGCUCCGACACUUUGAGCAGGAUUUCAGAGAGGUCAAACUGGCCCUGGACAACCUGAUGGAAGUGCAGGCAGGUCUCACAGAUAUUGGAGACAGUGUCUCCCGCGUGGAGAACAUUCUGAAGGAGCGGAAGCAAUUAGAAGAGAGAGGACAGGAGCCAUUGGAAAAAGCCCAGUCCUUAGCGCUCCAUGGAGACCAGCUGAUCCAAAACAACCAUUAUGCAGUUGACUCCAUUAGACCAAAGUGUGUUGAACUCAGGCGCAUCUGCGAUGAUUUUGCCAACGAGACCAAGAAAAAAUACGAUAUUUUAGGGAAGUCGCUGGAAUUGCACAAACAAUUAGAUAAGGCAAGCCAAUGGUGUGAAGCUGGGAUCUACCUCUUAGCUUCCCAAGCUGUAGACAAGUGUCAGUCACAAGAGGGAGCUGAAACGGCACUUUGUGACAUCGAGAGAUUCCUGGAAACCGCCAAGGACCACCAGCUGUUGACUGCAAAGGAGUUCUACAAUCAGUUUGAUACGAUUCUGACGCCAGAGAUCAAGAGCAAUGCCCAAAGAGUUCUACAAAAGCUGGAAGAUGUGCAAGAAAUGUUUGACAAGAGGCAAGUGAGCCUGAAGAAGUUGGCAGCCAAGCAGACCCGCCCAGUGCAGCCCGUUGCCCCACAUCCCGAGUCGUCACCAAAGCGAGCGUCACCCAAAAGCAUCCGGCCAGCCACGUUAGCUGCCAACAGGAAAUCAGUAGAAAUUUCUAGUCCUCCCAAAUCCAUCUCUGAAGCAGACUUGUCGAAAAAGAAAAGUGUAAAGAAGAUGAAAGGUGGAAUUAAGAUUGAAGUAAUGCAUGAAGCAAGUCAGGGAGGUUCCAGCAGAGUCUUAGUGAUGAGCGAAAGUGAAGAAAAUCUUUCCACCAGGAGGAGCCAUAUAAUAAAUGAACUGAUAGAAACAGAACGGGUUUAUGCAGAGGAACUUCAAAGCAUAAUAGAGGGCUAUGUAUCUGAAAUGGACAAUCCCGAUUUAAUUCACUUGAUCCCAACGGCAGUGUCAAACAAGAAAGAAGUUCUUUUUGGAAACCUCUCUGAGAUUUAUGAAUUCCACAACAGAAUCUUCCUCAAAGAGCUGGAAAACUGCAUUGAAAACCCAGAGCUUCUCGGUCGGUGUUUUUUAAAAAGAAAAGAAGAUCUCCAAAUAUAUGAGAAAUAUUGUCAAAACAAGCCACGGUCGGAAGCUCUCUGGAGACAAUGUGGAGACAGCCUCUUCUUUCAGGAGUGCCAGCGAAAACUGGACCAAAAACUCUCGCUUGACGCUUAUCUCUUGAAGCCAGUCCAGAGAAUUACCAAGUACCAGCUGCUGUUGAAGGAAAUGUUGAAAUGCAGCAAGAAUUCAGAAGGCACAGCUGAACUGGAGGAAGCUCUAGCCACCGUGAUUGAUAUCAUCAAGUCGGCGAAUGACUCCAUGCAUCAGAUAGCAAUUACAGGUUAUGAGGGAGAUGUGCACGAGCUUGGGAAACUGCUCCUGCAAGGCUCCUUCAACGUUUGGACGGACCACAAGAAGGGUCACAACAAAGUGAAAGAUUUAGCCAGGUUCAAGCCAAUGCAACGGCACCUCUUUCUCUAUGCAAAGAUCCUGCUGUUCUGCAAGAAGCGCGAAGAGAAUACCGAUGGCCACGAGAAGUCUCCUUCGUACAGCUUCAAAAAUUCUCUAAAGAUGAGCACGGUUGGCAUUACUGAAAAUGUCAAAGGCGAUAACAAGAAAUUUGAGAUCUGGUACAACGGCAGAGAAGAAGUCUAUAUUAUUCAGGCUGCUUCCGUGGAGCUGAAGAACACCUGGGUUUCUGAGAUUAGAAAGGUCCUGACGGGACAACUGGAAGCUUGCAGAGAGGCAAGCCAACUACACCAAAGAAUCACCGAGAGUGUGUAUCAUGCACCCAUGAAUUCAUUCAGCUCCUCCAGGUACGGCAGGAAGUCCAUGAGUUUGUGCGAGAACAAAUCUGAGCUCUCAAGCCUGGAAAUGUCCAAUAACCGGGACAGGAACAUCAGCCCCAACGCCAGACAAAAAAGAGCUGAUUAUUCCACCAGCCUUAAUCUUGAGCGCUCAGCUCUUGCUAGAAAGCGGUUCACAUUGCAAGGUCUUUCCAACCGCAGAGCUCCACCCAAAGAUCCAGAAUCUAAAGAGAGAGAUGUAACCCGCCGCUUUUCCCUAGCUUCCUCCAUCAGCACCACAACUAACACAUCUGCUCUAACCAAAGGUCCCCUUGUUCCUGCAGUUAAAGUCAAGAGGCAUGAAAUUAAAAGCGAUCCAACUCCUCUGGGUUUCGAAGAUGCCUUUGAAUGCAACCUCUUGGCUCAAGCUAAAUGCAGCGCUGUUCGCUCUACGAGGCCAGUCCCUAGAUCUGCUUCACAGACAGGUUGGCCCAGCAGGCAGAUGCCGUCGCUUGAUACGUUUGAGGAUUUUGAAGCCAUCCCAUCCAGCGCUGAGGAACUCUCCAACUCUUCGGAUAUGGAGGAAGAAAGCCAGCCUAACAACGGAUCCAACCUUUACCGGGUAGAAGGCAGUUUUGACACUUGUUUCCCAGAUUCCCUCACUCUAGAGGAUGGAGAUUUAGUGCAGUUUAUACAGGAAGGCGAGGAUGGACAAUGGUUAGUGAAGAAGUUGGUUUCUGAGAAAACAGACUGGGUCCCUUCCAGUCUGCUGCAGCCGGCAGAUGGCGACACCAGCAACAUCCGCAACAUCAGCAACGCAGAUGUCUACGGUGGUACCUGCAGCACAGCACCCACAAAUUCAGAAAUGAAGGAGAGUGAGCUGACAAGAAGCUUAACAGCUGAACAGAAAGCUGGGAGUUGAACACACCUUGACACAUUUCCUCAGGACUCCAUCUUCUUCUCUACUUACUGGUGGACGCUGGACCAAAUCGCCUUUCCCACAAGCUCUGAACUUAAGAAUUCUGUGAAAUUUCAUCAGCAUGGAACAUAUUUUUUAAAAAUUAAAAAAAAACCCAACAACUCGCUAAUCUAGGAAAUAUGGAGGAUAAUGGAAACUUCAGAGGUAUCUUAGAACUUGACAAAUGAAUCAACAGUUUGCUUUUUUAUACUGCAUUUUUGGAACCAUUGAAAAGGGUGUUGCCUAAAUUAGGCUGACAGCAUUGAAGGCCUUCAGCUUUGUGGCUAUGUUGGUUAAAUACUGGACUAUUUAAAGAAAGGUCUGCAGAUUCCACAGGUGAUAUUCUGUUGCAGAGGCCAUCUCAAAUUCCUCCAUCCAUUCAGCUCAGCUGCUCAGCCUCUCCUCAACUGCAGGCUUGAUUUCCUCAAGACAAUCAUGGUCGGCAAGAACAACGGAAAUAGGUUGGGUGAAGAAAAUACCGUUCCUGAACCUGAACCAACUAGGACGCCUUUGCACAACAGCAAAGGAUGCGACCUGCUUUGGGAUACGAUCUUCUGUCCACAGAAUGUUUUGAGUGGUGGCUGGGAAAAGAUGGGCAUCUUGGGACGAGUUAGGCAAAAGGAAGGAUCGGUGACUGUGAAGGCAGUUAUGGGGUUUGUCUGUUGUUUCAAGAGGGUGCCUUUGUUUCCCCCAGUUUGUGACUGAGGGAACAUAUCCUCUGCAUUUGGUGCUGACAAUUCUGUCUGAUGCUGCCGUUCAGGGCUCCACACUUCAUUUUGGAACAUUGUCAUAUGCUGGGCUCUUGAACAGGAUACAUUCCCUCCCCCCCAAAAAAAAAUCCUUCCCCCAUGCGAUGUCCUCUACUUGUUUAGGUGCUUGCAAAUGGACCUACGGCUGACAAUAAUGUGUGGUCAUCUUAAAGGUCUGUUGCCAUGCCAUCUUAUUUCGAGGAAGACUGUGCCAUCCCUCUGCUGCAAUGGACAAUGUCACAAUUUCCCCCCUCCCUCCGCUUUCAAAUCCCUGAAACAGAAGGCACUUCCAGAAAUAUAUAAAGGUGUUUUUGCAUGAAGGCAUAUUGAUGGUGAUUGGGAAGCGUAGGUCCCACAAAGCUGCUAUAGUAGUGUGAUGUUUGAAAUGAAUUUUGGUCUAGGAAUAGGGCUACUUGAUGGAUGCUGUAUGUAAGGCUGGUAAACAGAGAAAAAUCCAUAUAAAGUCACCUCCACUUGGCAUCUGGUCAAUCCCCCUUGCAGCUGCUUGUGCAGUUGGGCUGGCUCUGGCUGUGCUGUGGGGGAGCAGCCCAGAAUUUAUGUGAGCGUUAAACCGGCAGGAGGGCUUUGCAGAAAGGCUUCUUUGCGUUGCAGUACUGUGACUGAAAUUUUAGGCCAUUUCCACAGAAAAUUCCUCAGCAACAUAAUUCCAAUUUAAAGUGUCUGUUCUGCUCCCACUUCUGAGCAAUUUCAGUAUGCAGAUUGAAUAUCUGAUAUGCAGCCCUCAACCAGUGGAAGUGGUACACUCCAGCACACAUUUUUUUAAAAAUCAGAAACAAAGAUGGAGGAGCAAAUUAGCCUCCUGCUGGUGAAAGCUGGCAUGGCUUUGGAUAAUGCAAUUCGGCCACCUUUGGAUUUCCUUGCAUGUAAACACAACAGGGUACACAGGUGGUGCUGUGGGUUAAGCCACAGAGCCUAGGACUUGCCGAUCAGAAGGUUGGCGGUUCGAAUCCCUGCGACGGGAGCGCAAGUAGAUAAAUAGGUACCGCUCCGGCAGGAAG